AUGACACCACAAAAUCUCCUGUUGUUUCCUCUUACAGCCCCUAAAUUAAGCAUCGGAUGCCCAAUUCUAGAUGCCUGUUUGGGCAGUGGGAUACCCUACAACACCAUAACAGAAUUGGUAGGAGAGAGCAGUUCUGGGAAGACACAACUUUGUCUCCAACUCACAGUUCAAGCUCAGCUCCCACAUGGCCAUGGUGGACUAGGAGGCUCCUCCCUCUACAUAUACACAGAAUUCAGCUUCUCAUUUCGUCGAUUGCAACAACUAGCCAAGGUGUAUCAGGCAUCACACCCCAACUUGAUUGGGGUAAACCCCUUGGAAGACAUUUAUGUUCAUGUCGUUGAUGAUGCACAACAACUCAUCCAUGUCCUUGAAAACAUGGAAACAUGCAAAUUAAAGGCUUUAGCAAACAAGUUUGGGGUGGCAAUGCUUUUGACAAACCAGAUAGUGGAUUUCAUUGGCCCAGAUGAUGGAAUAAAUGGGGUGAGAUUGGGAAACUUGGAGUGCUUGCAUACAUCAGGUAGACGAGUCAGUCCUGCGUUGGGACUAGCUUGGGCACAUUGCGUCAAUUCAAGGGUGUUCUUGUCAACACAUGAGCACUUUGUUGGGGGGGAACAUUCCUAA